AUAAAAUCGAUCAGCAAAGUUAGUAGAUCGCUAAGUCGCGAACAAGUGUCAACUAGAGACGUGUUACCAACGUCGCGCUUAUAGUACGAUCGCUUGCGAAUUUCGGAUUUAUUACUUGUUGACCGUCAAUUCCACUAGCAAAUUGAUUUUUAUUCCAAACAAAAUGGUAGUACAAAGUAUAUCAACUCAAGAUGCCGCUACGGUAAACAAAUUUCGGGGACCUAAUGCCUACACUUUCACUGACUGCCUAGCAUUAACAAAUUUUGGAAAAUUUAAUUAUUUUCUAAUAUUCAUCUCCGGCAUGGUGAUGGCCACUGUGUUGCUGGAAACCUCAUCGAUGGGCUUUAUUUUACCCAUUGCACAAUGUGAUCUGCAACUGACAAAUGUGGACAAGGGUGUGCUUAGCGCGAUAAGUUUUCUGGGUAUAAUAGCGAGUUCGCAUUUGUGGGGAUUUCUGGCAGAUACGAAGGGGCGUCGCAAAGUUAUGAGACCUACAUUGUUGGCUACAUUUGCGGUUACAAUACUCUCAAGUUUUGCAAUCAAUUUUUGGGUUAUCGUUUUACUGCGCUUUUUUAAUGGCUUUUUUUUGGCGAGCACUGCAACAAUAUACGCUUAUCUCGGCGAAUUCCACACAGAUAAGACACGCUCUCGCGCCAUUAUGGGCUCAGCGUUUAUAUUCGCUAUUGGCGCUAUGAUUUUACCAAUGAUCGCCUUUCUAGUCAUCAAUCAAGAUUGGGCUGUGUCCUUGACAUUUCUGGGCAUAGAUUAUAAGCCCUGGCGCUUAUUCAUAAUCGUCUGCGGCAUUCCAGGAUUUCUUUGUGGCUUGUCACUCUAUAUUUUACCUGAAAGCCCCAAAUUUCUGCUUGCCAGUGGUGAUGAGAGCAAAGCAAUUGAAGUGCUGCAGAAAAUGCAUCGUUGGAAUGGCGGAAAGGAAGAGCUCAUUAUUACACAUAUUCUGCCCGAGGAUGACUCAGCAAUCACAACAAUGAAAUUCAACAACAACUUCGAUUCGAAUUCGAAUUUUGCGCGCAUCUUUUUGCAAACAAUGUGGAAUCAAACCGCACCGUUGUUCCAACGGAAAUAUUUGCGCAUCACAAUGAUCAUUUGCCAUAUACAAUUUUGGUUGUUUGUCGUCACCAAUGGUCUGUAUAUGUGGUUCCCGCAUAUUAUGAAUAGCGUGGCGACCUACAUGCAAGAACACCCCGGCGAGCACAAGCAAAUCUGCGAAAUUGUUUAUGAGCAUCAAGAGGGCUUAUACAAAACAGAUGGCACCAUCGAGUGCAUCAACAAGCUGGAAAACUCCACAUAUUAUUACUCCUUCAUUAUGGAAAUACUGUACGCCAGCUCAUUCGCAUUCAUUGGCUUCAUCAUAAAUCGUGUGGGCAAAAUAUUGAUUCUCUUUACAACGAUAAUAUUUUUCACAUCCUGCGGCAUUGUAGCGGUCUUCAUAGUCGAUCCCGCUAUAGCCGCCUACCUCUAUGUGCUCUAUUUCCUGGUGGGCGUGGCGAUUUAUGUGCUGAGUGCCGUUACGGUCGACUUGUACCCCACACACUUACGCGCCAUGGCUGGUUGUAUAUCACUGAUGGUGGGUCGCUUGGGCAGUGUUAUCGGCGCUAAUAUUGCCGGCGCGCUAAUGGGUCAUUACUGUGAGUGGAACUUCUAUAUCUGCUGCGGCGCUAUGUACGUUUGCGCAUUUCUCGCACUCCUGCUGCCACGCAAGAGCCCCGAAUUGCCGGUCAAAGGUGAAUCGUGAUCGUUGCAUGGUAGUUCCUUAGUUCGUAGCGUAGUUUUAGUUAUACAUGUAAAUCUCCUAAAGAAUUUAGUACAAGUACAAGUGCAUAGAUUUAUACGCAUAUAUUUAUUAUUUGUUCAUAUCUUACUUGCUUAUCGUAACCAUAACCAUUUAACUAGAAUUUUGUUAAGUCUUCAAUAGUAAUAUUAAUAUUUCAUUAAAGUAUAAGUUAAAUAAUUCAUGGUAUAGACUAAAUAGAUUAUAGGGUUUUUUAUAAGAAG